GUUUAUUCAUUAUAUUGUGGCGAGCACCGAAGAUUUUAUGUAGAGUUGUUAGAACAAAAAAAGAGAGAAAAAUAAAAUAAUCUUGUAGAUAUGAUCUGAUCGUAAUGAAAUAAACAUAAAGAGUCAAAUCCAUGUGCGUUUGAGUUGUUCCUACAUGAUCACUAAUUGAUUAAUCAUUAUCUACACGUAAUAACAAUUCUUACAUAAUAAUCGUUGAAGAAUAUUAUAUCCAAACUGUCCAAUACUUUUAACUUUCUAUAAUACAACUCCGAUUCCUGCAUAUUCAUUUUCAUCGCCAUCUACCUGUCUUCACUAUUCCGAACAAAACAAGAAUGGAAUCUCUCAGAUUUGCUACCCAGAUCAGCACUCCGGUGGCCGAGUUUCCGGCAACUCGCCGCGGCCUUGGUCGAAACCGGGUCGGGUUCAGAAUAUCCGCGCAGGCUGAGGCUGCGGAGCCUGAUCUCAGUGUGACGGUCAAUGGGUUGAAGAUGCCGAACCCGUUCGUCAUCGGGUCGGGUCCUCCCGGCACCAACUAUACUGUCAUGAAGCGGGCCUUCAAUGAAGGCUGGGGCGCUGUAAUCGCCAAAACGGUAUCACUGGAUGCUUCAAAAGUUGUAAAUGUGACCCCUCGAUAUGCCAGAUUACGGGCUGGAGCAAAUGGAUCCCCCAAAGGGCAAAUCAUAGGCUGGCAAAACAUUGAGCUCAUAAGCGACCGGCCCCUAGAAACUAUGUUGAAAGAAUUUAAACAGUUGAAGGAAGAGUAUCCAGACAGGAUACUUAUUGCUUCAAUCAUGGAAGAAUACAACAAAGCUGCGUGGGAGGAGCUCAUUGACCGAGUUGAGCAAUCUGGAAUUGAUGCUUUUGAAAUCAAUUUUUCAUGUCCUCAUGGGAUGCCAGAGCGUAAAAUGGGCGCUGCUGUUGGCCAAGAUUGUGCACUUCUGGAAGAAGUUUGUGGGUGGAUUAAUGCCAAAGCAACUGUUCCCGUUUGGGCAAAGAUGACUCCAAACAUCACGGACAUCACGCAGCCAGCCAGAGUGUCUCUGCAAGCUGGAUGCGAAGGGGUUGCUGCAAUCAACACAAUCAUGAGUGUCAUGGGAAUUAAUCUCGACACUUUGCGCCCAGAGCCUUGUGUAGAGGGAUAUUCAACACCCGGAGGCUAUUCAGCAAAGGCAGUCCAUCCUAUUGCACUUGCAAAAGUGAUGAGCAUUGCACAGAUGAUGAAGAAAGAAUUUGCAGAUAAAGAUCUCUCACUUUCUGCUAUUGGAGGAGUUGAGACGGGGAAUGACGCAGCAGAGUUCAUACUUCUUGGAGCCAACACAGUUCAGGUCUGCACGGGCGUGAUGAUGCAUGGAUACGGUCUCGUUAAGACACUUUGCUCUGAGUUGCAGGAAUUCAUGAAAAAGCAUAACUUUACAUCUUUAGAAGAUUUCAGGGGGGCAUCGCUCGACUAUUUCACGACCCACAUGGAUUUGGUGGCAAGGCAACAAGAAGCCAUUCGCGAAAGGAAGGCUACCAAGAAAGGGUUGCAAUCUGAUAGAGACUGGACAGGCGAUGGGUUUGUGAAAGAAUCCGAGAGCAUGGUAUCAAACUGAUGAAAUGUGAAUCUUUGUCUCUGUAUGUCUGUAUCUGUAUCAACAAAAAUUUCAAUAAUGGAGAGAGCUCAAGUUGUUCUUAAA